AUGCCACCAUCUUCACAUGUGCAUUUGAAUAGUGACAUACAAGCUCGAUUAAUGGCAUUCCAACAGAAAAGAACGAAAUUAGGAUCCGAAGCUAACAAUUCAGCAACUGCAUUAUCCCCUUCCUUAUCAGGAUCGACCAAUUCAUCCAGUAUAAACAACCUGGGAAAUUGUUCUCGAGAUGAAUUACUGAGAAUACUGCCGCUUGAAAAACCACUUCCUCCAUUACCUGAAAGUGCCCCACCUGAUUAUGUUAAACGAUCAUUAUCAACUAAUGACAAAUACGCCCGGGCUGCUGCUUAUGGUAUCAACGAAAAUGCAAAUGACAUCAUAAAGUCUGCUGCCAGCUUAUCUGGCUCCACAUCAAGCCCAACGCUCCCUACAUACUCCAUACCGACAAGAGGAAAUUCAGUAAGUGCAAGAUUGCCUGCGUUGGCAAGUCCUAAGAAUGUACCUACCCUGAUUGAUCUUAAAAAGAAACCAUCAUUGUCGCAGAGAAGAGGCAUGAAAUUAAAUGUGGGUGAUUUAGCUAUAGGUAACACUGCUAAAUCACCAUCCCCAAGAUUAUUAAGUCCUCCCAUAACAUUAAGUGAGAAUAAAACUGAGGAAAGCAAGCUGGGAGGGGAAUAUAUCGCACAAGCACCAAUUGCAUCACAAUUAGGUACUCCCGGUGAAUUAUCAAGAAGAUUAUCCGAACGGAAAAAGAAACCUCAUUUCAAAUUGAAUCUCGAUGGUACCAAUUCUGAUAUAGCUUCCUUGUCUCGCAGUAGUAGCUUAAACAGAUCUAACCCAACCACCAGCUCAUCCGAGGGACCAACACCAGAAUCCGAAAAGAAUAACAACAACCAGGGAGAAUCACAACAAUUGCAUGGAUUAUUUGCCAAUUAUUCCAAAUAUGUAGAUAUCAAAUCGGGACAAUUGAAUUUUGCUGGUAAAGCAUCAUUGCAUUCCGAAGGGGUUGAUUUCCUGAGUGGGUCUUCCUUCAGAAUUUCCAUUGAUGAAUUGGAAUAUAUUGGUGAAUUAGGAAGAGGUAAUUAUGGAUCGGUCCUGAAAGUGCUUCAUAGACCAACUGGUGUAUUGAUGGCUAUGAAAGAGGUUCGCCUUGAAUUGGAUGAAACUAAAUUUACUCAGAUUCUAAUGGAGUUGGAUAUUUUGCAUAAGUGUAAUUCUCCAUAUAUUGUUGAUUUCUAUGGAGCGUUCUUUGUCGAAGGGGCUGUAUACAUGUGUAUUGAAUACAUGGAUGGGGGUUCACUUGACAAGAUAUUUGGAAAUAACAUUGGAGUCAAGGAUGAGUGUACAUUGGCAUAUAUUACAGAAUCUGUCGUUAGAGGAUUAAAGGAAUUAAAAGAUAAACAUAAUAUUAUCCAUCGUGAUGUUAAACCUACAAAUAUAUUGGUAAAUUCGCAAGGUAAUGUCAAACUUUGUGAUUUUGGAGUAUCGGGGAAUUUAGUGGCAUCCUUGGCUAAAACCAAUAUUGGUUGUCAAUCAUAUAUGGCUCCAGAAAGAAUCAGAACAUUAAGGCCCGAUGAUGCCACUUAUUCUGUACAGUCGGAUGUUUGGUCACUUGGAUUAACCAUUCUUGAGUUGGCAGUUGGCCAUUACCCAUACCCUGCUGAAACAUACGGAAACAUUUUCUCACAAUUAAGUGCCAUUGUUGACGGAGAACCACCAAGUCUAGACCCGGAAAUUUACUCCUCAAAAGCACGAGCUUUUGUUAAAGCGUGCCUUCAGAAGAAACCUGAGUUACGUCCUUCAUAUGCAGAAUUAGUUGAACAUCCCUGGUUACAGGAAUAUAGAGGCAAAGAUCCACAUCUUGAUGCAACAGUCAAAAACCGGUUAACAGAGAUUGAAGCUGAAAAUACUCAGCGUAAUUCUAACAAGGUCAAUAGCAUGAAAGUGGCUAAUAUUCCUAUGCAAAACAUUGAGAAUGUUCAAUCAUUAUUAAGAAAUAAAGUCAAGGCACCGGCAUUGCAUAGAGGAGGAUUACAAAGCAUAAAUAGAAGUUUCUUAAAUCAUGACAAGUCAUGA